AUUAACAAAUAUUUAAAAACAAUUACUUUUGACCAUCCGUGCAAGAAUUGUAACUUUUCAACCUCCGACAAUAACCAUUACGAUAUAAAUAAAUCGGUGAAUAAUUACGCGUUCAUUAAUCGAGCGAAUGGCUCAAAAGUGAUUAAUUAAUAAAAAUUAACAACAAUGGCAACGACGAACGAAUUCGGACCGGAUUCUGGUGGUAGGGUUAAGGGACUGACAAUUGUAAAACCUCUGGUGUACGGAAAUGUCGCUCGGUAUUUUGGAAAAAAAAGAGAAGAGGAUGGACACACGCAUCAGUGGACUGUUUACGUUAAACCGUACAACAAUGAGGACAUGUCAGUUUAUGUUAAAAAAGUGCAUUUUAAAUUGCACGAGAGCUACAACAAUCCGAAUAGAAUCGUGACAAAACCCCCGUAUGAGCUGACAGAAACCGGAUGGGGUGAAUUCGAAAUUGUUAUAAAAAUUUAUUUUCUCGAUCCAAACGAACGACCGGUGACAAUUUAUCACAUCCUGAAGCUUUUUCAAUCAUCUCCGGAGAUCCAGACCGGAAAGAAGAAUUUAGUAUCAGAAUUUUACGAGGAAAUUGUCUUUCAAGAUCCAACUGCAUUGAUGCAACAUUUAUUGAGCACAACAAGACCUGUGACGUUGAGUGUUUGGAGACACGAGACUGAUUUUGAAUCUAAGAAGAAAUCGACACUGAAGGCCAUCACCGAAGCGAGGAAUAAAAUACGUCACGAAGUAAUCGAUCUCAAGGAAAAAUUAACACUAGCUAAAGAGACUAUCGCCAAAUUUAAAGAUGAAAUCGCCAAGAUAUCCAAAGGUGGUGGUAUCACAGCUGUGCAGUAAAUAGUUUAAGUAUUCUAAGGUGUAACAUAUGUACAAUUACUUAAAUAUAAAUGCCCACGACUAAUGUUUUAUAUAUUUAUAAAUUUUCUUGAAUACAACUGAUUUUUUAUUUUAA